ACCUUCCAGGGGAGCGGAGGGGUCUUCCAGAGGGGAAGGGAGGAAGGGAAGGAAGGGGCCCCCCUCUUCUGCCCACCCUCCUCCCGGCCUGCGCCAUGUCCUCCUAAACAGCCCGCAGGCCAGCCCCGGGGCCCCAUGGCGGCCGGCGUGGCCACCUGGCUGCCCUUCGCCCGGGCCGCGGCCGUGGGCUGGCUCCCGCUGGCCAAGCAGCCGCUGCCGGUGGCCCCCCGGGGGCGGGAGGCCCGGAGCGACGAGCUCCUGGUGGUCAACGUGAGCGGGAGGCGCUUCCAGACCUGGAAGAACACCCUGGACCGCUACCCGGACACCCUCCUGGGCAGCUCGGAGAAGGAGUUCUUCUUCGACCAGGACUCGGGGGAGUACUUCUUCGACCGGGACCCGGACAUGUUCCGCCACGUGCUCAACUUCUACCGGACGGGCCGGCUCCACUGCCCGCGCCACGAGUGCAUCCAGGCCUUCGACGAGGAGCUGGCCUUCUACGGCAUCAUCCCGGAGCUGAUCGGCGACUGCUGCCUGGAGGAGUACCGGGACCGCAAGAAGGAGAACGCCGAGCGGCUGGCCGACGACGAGGAGGCCGAGCAGGCCUCGGACGCGGCCCUGCCGGCCGACAGCUCCUUCCGCCAGCGGCUGUGGCGGGCCUUCGAGAACCCGCACACCAGCACCAUGGCCCUGGUCUUCUACUACGUCACGGGCUUCUUCAUCGCCGUGUCCGUCAUCGCCAACGUGGUGGAGACCAUCCCCUGCCGGGCGCCGCCGGGCCGGCGGCGGGAGCAGCCCUGCGGGGAGCGCUUCCCGCUGGCCUUCUUCUGCAUGGACACGGCCUGCGUGCUCAUCUUCACGGGCGAGUACCUGCUGCGCCUCUUCGCGGCCCCCAGCCGCUGCCGCUUCCUGCGCAGCGUCAUGAGCAUCAUCGACGUGGUGGCCAUCCUGCCCUACUACAUCGGGCUGGCCAUGCCCGACAACGAGGACGUCAGCGGCGCCUUCGUCACCCUGCGGGUCUUCCGGGUCUUCCGCAUCUUCAAGUUCUCCCGCCACUCUCAGGGCCUGCGCAUCCUGGGCUACACGCUCAAGAGCUGCGCCUCCGAGCUGGGCUUCCUGCUCUUCUCCCUCACCAUGGCCAUCAUCAUCUUCGCCACCGUCAUGUUCUACGCGGAGAAGGGCACCAGCAAGACCAAUUUCACCAGCAUCCCCGCCGCCUUCUGGUACACCAUCGUCACCAUGACGACGCUGGGGUACGGUGACAUGGUCCCCAGCACCAUUGCUGGCAAGAUCUUCGGUUCCAUCUGCUCUCUGAGCGGCGUUCUCGUCAUCGCCCUGCCCGUGCCCGUCAUCGUCUCCAACUUCAGCCGCAUCUACCACCAGAACCAGCGGGCAGACAAGCGCCGGGCGCAGCAGAAAGUGCGCCUGGCCCGAAUCCGACUGGCAAAGAGUGGCACCACCAACGCCUUCCUGCAGUACAAGCAGAAUGGGGGCCUGGAGGACCACGGUGGCGGCGAGGGUCAGGCCUUGUGCAUCAGGAACCGCUCUGCCUUCGAACAGCAGCAUCACCACCUGCUGCACUGCCUGGAGAAAACCACGUGCCACGAGUUCACCGACGAGCUGACCUUCAGCGAGGCGCUGGGGGUGAUGUCCCUGGGGGGCCGCACGAGCCGGAGUACCUCCGUGUCGUCCCAGCCGGGGGUGGGCGCCGGAGGAGGCCUGCCCUGCUCUUGCUGUCCCCGCCGGGCUAAGCGUCGCGCCAUCCGCCUCGCCAACUCCACCGCUUCGGUCAGCCGGGGCAGCAUGCAGGAGCUGGACAACCUGGCCGGACCCCCGGGCUCUGGACCCCAGAGCCGCUCUCGUCUCAACGCUAGGCCCCUCGGCAGCCUGAAGCUGAACUGCGACAGCGGGGACCUAACGGCCGCCAUCAUCAGCAUCCCCACACCGCCUGCCAACACUCCAGACGAGAGCCAGCCCCCCUCUCCCGGCUCUGCUCCUCGCCUGGGGGGGACCCUCAGGAACUCCAGCCUGGCCCCCUCCUUCCUCCUCCACGAGACUGUCAAGAUCUCCUCCCUGUAAGGGAGACCGGGGUCCACGUUCCCCUCUCACCCGACCCCCCGUCCAGUCCUCCUUCCGUUAGGUUUGAGGAUCGGGGUGUUGAUUGGCCUUCCAGGGAGACGCGUGGUUAAACGCCGUGGAUCCCCCCCACCCCACUCAGCUCCUUCCUGUUUCAUUUCCAAAGCCAUAUGGGGAUGGGGGGGCAGAGCACAGGUAUCGGGACCCUCCCCCCGCCACUAGCUAUGCAAUAGGGACACAAGGAGAAGGCUCCUCCUGGAGAUACAGCACUGGGGGGAUGAGGGGGGACUAGCUGCAGAAGGAAGGCCGCUCACCUCCCUCCCAUCCCUUCUCCAGUCUUCCGGCCGUGGUUUCCUUAGGAGAGAGCCCAGGCACUCCGGAGCAUCAAGGAGGAGAUCAGGUGACGCGUCCUCCUCCCGUCCCUUCGGCUUUAGCUCAGAGGUAGUCCCGGAGUCGAGGGGCAUCGUUGCCGUGGGAGGGCGGAGCAGCGGUGACGAUCUGGGGCUGCGGAGAGCAGGAGCAGCACUGGGAACAGCCCAAGCUGCCGCCUUUACCUGCUUCAGGGUCCUCGUCUCCUCCCGGGCCACAGAUUGCCUCCUCUCCCUCCUUCCCUCCCUCCCUCAACAGCCUCCAGUGCAUCCAAGGUAGCCAUUCCAGCCAGAAAGCUAGCAUUAUGGCUCCCUUCCUCACUGCGGACCGUCGUUGUCUCAACAUAUCUUGCUGCCCGCGGCACACCGGGCCUCCCCUCCCCUCCCCGACCUGGAGGAGCUAACAAGACCAAGGCGGGGGUCAGACCUUCUAAGAGGAACCCAGGUCUGACAGCGAGACAGAUGGGGCCUUGAGGAAGGGCGGGAGCGUGGGGAAGAGGGAAAGGCAUGGAGUUCUCCUUUCCUCGCUGAUGGUCGGGGGGACUCUGGUUUACAUUCAAGGAGCUGGGAGGGGGCAGCGAGGCUAGUCAGCUGCAAUCCCAGAGAAAUCCGGACCCCUUAGAGGUCUGCAUCCACUGGGCCUGGCAACCUGACCCCUGAAGCCCCCCUAAGUCUCGUCUCAGGAGGUGUGGGGAGAGAGGGGAGGGGGUCCAACCCUUCGGCCCCCCGAACCUCGAGAGGCCACCUCCCGACGGUGACCCUCGUUCACUACUGCAUGGCACAAUAUAACAUUAACCCCCCGGCGCCCCCGACCCCUCCGGAGAAAUCGUUCCCGAGGGGCCUCUGGGCAGAUUGUGAAUGAACUUCCAGGGGGAGUUGGGCCACCCUGACACAAAGGCCUCGGGGAAGCAAGAGGAGACCCUCCUUCUCCUCCAACUUCGGAUAGCACAAAUCCCGGGACUUGUAUCGGUGGGAUCGAGGCACAUCUCCCUUUCCCUCGGAGAGAGGUUCUCGGCUGGGCUCUCUUACCCUUCACGCAAACUCAACCACGAUCUCUAAGGUAUUAUGCAAGGCCCUCCAUCUCCCCGAUGCCGUUUUGGUUUCCUUGAGGCCAAGGCAAGGAUGGAGGUGGGGGGACCGUCUCUCUUUCAUGCGCUUUCCGUCUCUUUUCCACCUACGAUGAUCGGGACUGCUCUGGAAUGAGGUAAGGAAGCUGGGUUGGGAGCCAGCAAGUCAAGAUUCUUCCGAUGUGAGCUAAGGGCAAACGACAGGCAAGGCCCGGAAGGGCAAAUAAUAAUAAUAAUGAUGGCAUUUAUUAAGCGCUUACUAUGUGCAAAGCACCAUUCUAAGCGCU